AUGCACUCGUUCCGCGCUGCCGCGCGCAAUCUCCCGAGACGCGCCGCCGCCCAUCUCCGCGCCGGCGCCCAUGUCCGCGUCCUCUCGUCGACGGCGGCGGCGCCCCGCCCGGCCGCCGCCGCCGACGCGGCCCCGGCCCACCCGGACCCCGUGCUCGGCCAGUUCACGGACGCGUUCCUCGGCGAGCUCGACGGCGCGUCCAAGGCGGCGUCGCCCGAGGAAAGCGCGCUCCUCCUCAAGGACCUCGUGCGCGCGGGCCACCUGCGCUUCACGCGCGGCCGCGGCGAUCACCCGGAGAAGUUCUUCCUGGCGCACCGCCUCCUCACCACGGUGGGCCUCUCGGGCUUCGGCAUCCGCUUCACGGUGCAGUUCAACCUCUUCGCGGGGUCGAUCCUCGGCCUCGGCGGGCCGGAGCAGGUCGCGCUGCUCGACGACAUGCAAGAGCGCGGCGAGCUCGGCUGCUUUUUGCUGACGGAGAAGCAGGCGGGCGUGCUCAGCGGCCUCGUCGUCGAGACGACGGCGACGUUCGACGAGUCGACGUCCGAGUUCGUUUUAGCGACGCCGAACGAGGCGGCGCACAAGAACUGGAUCAGCCAGGGCUACACGGCGGAGCACGGCGUCGUCGUCGCGCGCCUCUUGAUCAAGGGCGAGGACAAGGGCCCGCACGCGUUCCUCAUGCGCCUCCGCGACGCGGCGUCGGGCGAGCCCAUGCCCGGCGUGUCCGUCGUGGACAUGGGCCUCAAGACCGUGGCCAACGAUUUGGACAACGCGGCCUUUGGCUUCGACGGCGUGCGCCUGCCGCGGACCGCGCUGCUCAACAAGUUCUGCGACGUGGACGCGGACGGCGCGUACGUGCAGACGACGGACGAGAAGAUGCGCAUCGAGGUCAUCGGCCAGCGCCUGAUGACGGGCCGCAUGGCCAUCGCGGAGGCCGCGCUCGUCUUCGCCAAGGGUUUGCACGCGAAGACGCGGGCCUACGCGGAUUCCAAGGUCUGCAACGGCUUGGCGGGCGAGGUCAUGCUCUCGGACAUGCCGCAGCUCAAAGCCGUGCUCGACGAGUCCGACCGCGAGCUCGACGCGGUCGUCGCCUACUGCGUCGCCGUCGAGGCGGAGCUGUCGCACUGCCUGCGCACGGGCGCGAUCCCGUCGGACCUGCUCGUGGAGAAGAUCGCCGUCGCGAAGAUCAAGGCCAUCGACGUCUCCGUGGACCGCGUGCACAAGCUCCGCCUCGAGGUCGGGUCCUACGCGCUCAUGUCGAACACGGGCUUCGAGCUGGCCGACAUGCUCCUCUGCUGCAAGUUCGCCGAGGGCGACACGCGCAUCCUGAUGCAGAAGAUCGCGCGCGACCGCCUCAAGAAGCUCCAGAAGGACGGCCUCGCGGGCCUCGCGGCGGGCGUCUUCGACGAGGAGACGCGCGUCGCCUUCUCCCUCGCGCGCGUGUUGCGGGCCGCGCCGGACAAGGCCGCGGCGUGGAACGAGCAGUGGGCCGCCGUCUACGAGCUCGCGGACCUCGUCUGCGCGCGCCACCUCGCGUCCGCGGCGCCGCCGCCGGGCUUCGACGCGCCGGGCUUCCAGGAGCCCCUCGUGGACCGCUACCAGGACCGCAGCGACCGCGGCCAGCUCUGA